UGCCCCCACCCCCUGACCCCGGAAGUGAGGCGGGAAGAGGAUGCUGAUGCUGGAAUAAACAUGGCGGCCCGCGGCGUCCGCGUUCCGCUGUGGCGGGCCGCGGCCGUGCUGGGGCUGGCGCUGCUCUGGGCGGGCCGCGCCGCCGCCCGCGUCCAUCACCUCACCCUCAAAGAUGAUGUGAGGCAGAAAGUGCACCUGAAUACCUUUGGCUUCUUCAAGGAUGGUUUCAUGAAAGUCAAUGUCAGCAAUCUUUCACUGAAGCCACCUGCGGGCUCUGAUGAAAAGAGUAGCUCAGCAGUGGGGUUCAGUUUGGAUCGAACAAGGAAUGAUGGGUUCUCCACUUACCUGGAUGAAGAAGUGGAUUACUGUAUCUUGAAAAAGAAACCAGAGCAAGAUGUUUCAGUUGUAAUCUUACUUCUGGACUUCAAAAAUGAAGUUGUGAAAGUGCGAUUCUCUGCAGAAGCUGCUGCCCUGUUACCUAAAAUUUCAUUCAUGUCUGAGGAAAAUGUUACUGCCUUGAUUACCAAGACUCCAAAACCUUCCGAACAAAGCAGUGAUUCUAGCAAAACUUCUGCUGAGGCCGAAAAAAAUCCAGCCAGCAGAGAUAAGAAGUCCAAACGAAGUACAACAUCCUCUCAGAGUAUAGUAGAACAAGCACAUCCUGUCCACAAUGACAGAGGAACUUUUUCAUUUCAGUUUUUUUUCAACAUCAGUGCUGAUAACCAAGAAGGUCUCUACAGCCUGUAUUUCCAUAAAUGUGUUGGCAGUGAUGGGCAGACUAAUGAUCAACAGCUAUUUAGUCUUGAUAUAGAAAUUACGGAAAAGAAUCCUGAAAGCUACCUGUCAGCGGGCGAGAUCCCACUGCCAAAACUUUACAUUUCUAUGGCUCUCUUCUUUUUCCUGUCUGGGACUGUGUGGAUCCACAUACUUCGUAAACGCAGAAAUGAUGUGUUUAAGAUUCAUUGGCUAAUGGCAGCCCUUCCUUUCACAAAAUCUCUGUCCUUAGUGUUCCAUGCGAUCGACUAUCACUACAUUUCUUCUCAGGGAUUUCCUAUUGAAGGCUGGGCUGUUGUCUAUUACAUCACUCACCUACUGAAGGGUGCUCUUCUGUUCAUUACUAUUGCCCUCAUUGGCACAGGCUGGGCUUUCAUCAAGCACAUCCUUUCAGAUAAAGACAAAAAAAUUUUCAUGAUUGUCAUCCCGCUUCAGGUACUGGCAAAUGUGGCAUACAUUAUCAUAGAGUCAACAGAAGAGGGAACAACUGAAUAUGGACUGUGGAAAGAAAUCCUUUUCCUGGUAGACUUGCUAUGUUGUGGAGCCAUUCUGUUUCCAGUGGUAUGGUCAAUAAGACACUUACAGGAGGCUUCAGCAACAGAUGGAAAAGCAGCUGCCAUUAACCUAGCCAAGCUGAAGCUUUUCAGGCAUUACUAUGUUAUGAUUGUGUGUUACAUUUACUUCACACGGAUCAUUGCAAUUCUCAUAAAGAUUGCUGUUCCAUUCCAGUGGAAAUGGCUGUACCAGUUGCUAGAUGAAAUGGCCACACUCGUGUUCUUUGUCCUCACCGGGUACAAGUUCCGUCCAGCAUCAGACAACCCUUAUCUACAGCUCUCUCAAGAUGAUGAGGAUGAUUUGGAGAUGGAAGCUGUGGUGACGACUUCUGGAGUAAUGGAAGGCAUGAAGAAGGUCAAGAAAGUGGUGAAUGGUUCAGCAGAGCCACGGGGCGAGUGGGAGAGCACGGCAUGAUGGACUGGACUAAGGCAGCACUUUCAGAGAAACUCUUUUAAUUUAUUAAUAUUACUCUCAGUGGAAAGGGAGCAACUAGCACUUCCCAACACUGAAACUGCAGAGUGGGGUAUGUCUAGGGGGAGCAAAGCAGUGCAAAAAUCUAACUAUUCCUCUGAUCAUAAGAAAGUGGGAUCUCUUGGUACCUGCAAGGAGUGUGAAGCUUUCCUAGGGAUUUUGGGUAGCUUAUUUUUUUUUCCUCCCCCCACCCCCUUCUGGAUCAGUUAGAUAUUCUAAAUUGUUUGCUAUUGCAUUCUUCAGAAUGUGUUAUACUAAUGUGAAGAGAGACCUUUAGCGUGUAUGUAAAGUAUAUAUUUUAUAUAAUGCAUAUAUAUACACACAUGCUAUGUAACAUGUAUGCUGGGAAUUACAAAGUGUCACAGAAGACAGGAAAACAA